AUGGCCUGUCCUCCGUCAGCCCCCAUCACGCAGCAGAUCUGCAGCGCGCACAUCUCGCAGCAGCCGGAGCCGGAGGAACUGCGAGCGGCCGCCCAGUGCCCGGUGGUAGACGCGGAUGGGAAAAAGAUCCCCUUCAGAGCCCUGUACAGCGAGCGGAAAGCGAUCGUGGUGUUUGUGCGGAAUUUUUUAUGUUACACCUGUAAGGAGUAUGUGGAAGACUUGGCAAAAGUUCCCAAGAGUUUUUUAGAAGAUGCAAAUGUGAGACUUAUAGUUAUCGGACAGUCAUCUUAUCAUCACAUCAAGCCCUUUUGCAAUUUAACUGGGUAUAUACAUGAAAUGUAUGUAGAUCCACAAAGGGAAAUCUAUAAAAUACUUGGCAUGAAAAGAGGUGAAGGUAACAACACACCAGUGCAGAGCCCUCAUGUGAAAUCGAACAUGCUUUUGGGAAGCAUUAGGAGUAUGUGGAGGGCGAUGACCAGCCCAGUUUUUGACUUCCAAGGAGACCCAGCUCAGCAGGGAGGAACUUUGAUUUUGGGCCCAGGUAAUGAAGUUCAUUUUUUGCACCUUGACAAACACAGGCUGGAUCAUGCUCCCAUUAACACAGUUUUGCAGCUGGCAGGAGUUAAAACAGUAGAUUUCGCAAACAAAUCUCAGAUCAUUGACAUAUGAUACUGAAACAAUAUAUCACUUUUUUAUUUGUAAUCUA